AUGUAUCAAUUAACUCAUCACCAUGUUAUGAGUCUCAUACUUCUAAACAUAGUUUAUUCAAGUGACGUAUUAGACGAAAAAGUGAUUCCUAGAAUAUUAAAUUUACACCCGAUUCAGCAUACGACUUCACAUAUGGAGGGUAAAGUGGUAGGAGGGAAAUUAGGUUCUCUCGAGCAGUUUCCUUUUCAAGCACAAGUAUACAAUUUAGGUGCUAUUUGUGCUGGGACUAUAUUAAACAGCUGGACAAUACUGACGGUGGCUCAUUGCUUUGAUCACAAUAAGAAUGUCCGAGAGUUGGAAGCGCAGACGGGUUCAAAAUACUUAUAUGACCUCAAAGCAAAAAAGUAUAACGUCCGUUCCUUGGUCGUUCACAAAGCGUAUAACACGACAGCUCAAUUCAGCAACGACAUUGCUCUGAUCUUCUUGACUAGGCCCGUAGAAUUCGGGAAGCUAGUGCAGAAAGGUAUUCUGGUUGAUAAUGGAAAAUGGAUGUCUAAGUAUGAAAAAAACUUUAUUGUCAGUGGCUGGGGAUGGACACAGUAUGGAGGGCCAAUAUCACAGCGUGGAUUACUGACGACACAUCUGGGAUACAUUCCAUCUCGGCAGUGUGGUAGAUUUCACAAUCUCAGCCUCACCCCAGACAUGUUUUGUUUGUAUGGGGAUGGUGAAAGGGAUACUUGUAAGGGUGAUUCAGGCACUGGAGUACUUUGGAAUGGGUACAUCGUGGGGAUUACUUCACACGGCGACGGCUGCGCAAAGAAAUAUAAGCCGAGUGUUUAUACCAACGUUUGGUAUUUCAGAGAGUGGAUCGAAAAACAUAUAAACAAAUUUUUUAAGGCGUUUUGCAAGUUUAACCAAACAUCCGUACAAAAGAAAUUAAAGACGAAAACGUAA